UGUUUGGAAAAGAUUUCGCUUUGCGAGUAAUUAUCACUAAAUUUACAGUAAACAUGAGUUUUAUUUACGAGCAAAAUAGUGCGGACCAUGAGUUGAAAAUCGACGAAAUUCUAAAUGAACUGACGAAAAUAUGUGAAACCAAUAAAUAUAAUUUCAACUACGAUUUAGUGGAAAGUGAUCCUAUAAUGUUGUAUGGCGAUCUGACCGGCAUCAUGAACCAUUGGAUGCAAAAUUGUCCGGCAAAUGCAAUCAAUAUCGAGUUGUGUUAUGUUGAAACAAUUGAGUUUUUGUAUACCGGUGAAAAGAAGAAUGAAGAUGAUAUCAUGCGGGAUAUCUUUGGCGAAGACAGUAAGCUCUUGACUGCUCCAUGUGAAAAGGACACUACUGGAAAUACAGUAUUAACGCUCGAAGACCAGUCUGAACAGAAGCCUCGUCGGUUCUUUUCAUCGAUCUUAGGAGGUGAUGUCCCAUACGGAAGCCGAGGUCAUAUUUUGACUCCGGGUGCUCGAAAAGCAUAUCCUCCAUCAUUGCUUUCGACACCUUUGGGUAAAUCAGACGUGGAAAUCGAUAAUAAACCAUUAAUUCGUGAUACAGAUAAAAAGAUUUUCGUCAGCGAGAAACCAAUCAACUUAUCAGCUCACAAAGAAGAUGAGCCUAAUCGAGCACGCACUCCAAAACCUUCUGUAACUGUACCUGUAGUACGUUGUUCCGUAAUUCAACGUACACCAUCAAGCAAAGAAUUAGAAGAUGAUCCACUACAUUUUACAGAGCCUCUACGAUUCUCCGGUAAUUUGGAGCCGGAACAAGAGCAGCCAAUUGAUUAUCACAUUCCAAAGCGUCGAGACGAAACGUAUGAAGAACGAGAAAAAAAAUCACGCGAAGCCCGUCGCAGUGCGAUCAUCUCUCGUCCCGUGAUUAAUUUUCGUAAUCUUCCGUCUAACAUGUUACGGCAUGUAAAUGGAAUUAUGUCUGCAGCUGCAGGACAUGGUCGAAGUUCGUCAAAUGGUGGUAAUGGAACAACCUCAAAUGGUCACUCGUCCGGAGGUGGCUUUUCUGGCACGAAUAACAGCUCAUCGGGAAACGGAAACUCUGGUGGGGCCAUGGGAGGUGGUUCAGGAUCUGGUGGUGGAAUGGGCGGUCGUGACGGAAGAUCAAAUUAUGGUCCAAAUAGUCCACCAACUGGCAGCUUACCACCGUUUUAUGAAAGCUUAAAGGGAGGAAAUGGUAUUAAUGCUUUUAAUGCUAAUAAUGGUUCAUUUAUGGGCAGCAGUUAUACAUCUUUGGUAAAUGCUGCUACAGGUAUGGACUGUGAAAACAAUCAGAAUGUUACGGGCGAUAUAACAAGCAUUGGAGGCUAUUCGGAUCAAAGCAGUGGCAAACAAUUUAGUAUGUUGCAGAACAGUUUCGGCAUUGCAUUAAAAGACGAGCAAGAUCUUGAUGGAUACGAAAGCAAAAUAGAUCCAUUGACACUAAGUCAAUAUGGAGGAUACGAUUUGAAUGAACAAAUGAUGGUAGAAAUGACAGGUGUAAAUGUGGUAAAUGAUCACAUACAAUUUUCGGCAGCUUUUCCUUUCAACGGAACCCAAAGUUCAGAUCAUCUUUUGGAUAGUCUUAGUGAUGCAGUGGACUUGAGUCAAUUACUGCAACGUUUACCAAAUGAUGAUCAGUCAUCUGCUUCAGGCAAUGAAAUUAACGACUUAGCGUCCACACCUUCAAUCACUCCUGAGUCUAUCAAUCACAACGAUAAUCACCCCAUUGAACCAUUCUCUGAUCAUCUCAUUACUCGUGGUUCACAUGGGCAUGCUGUGCAAAUGGCCUUUGAUCAGCAAAAUGGUCGUCUAUUUCCGAACACACUUAAAAAUUACAUGGACCAUCCACCACCAAGUUACGUGUCGCGCAAUAACUCCCUUGAACUGGGACAUCAUCAACAAACCAAUGCUGGCAUUCCAAUCAAUCCAUCUGUCAACGCAGAUCAACAGUUGGUGGUACCUGAUUACAUUGAUUCACAUUCAAAUCUCUCUCUACCUUCUCCAGGAACAUCCUCAUUAGAUGAAAAUCAUCCAAACCAACUUUUGGCACCUAGCACCACAGCAAUUGCCUCAACUAUUCAAAAUGUAAGUGCAAAAGCAUUGAAACGCUUAUCGCCGGCAAUUACUGAAGCCAAAGUGAAUAUUCUCACACAACGGUUGGGCUUACCUUCUGAGGUGCAACUCGAAUUCGUCAAUGGUGGACAUGGCAUUAAGAACCCCUUAGCUAUUGAUAAUGUUCCCGGUCGUAUUCGUGAUGAAGAUAAAUCAAAGCUUGUUCAACACGUACAGGAUGAAGAGGGUAGUCGUUUUGUGUGUCGAAUCUGCUCUAAGGCAUUUACCCUUCAACGCCUCUUGAACAGACAUAUGAAGUGUCACUCUGAUGUCAAACGGUACCUUUGCACGUUCUGUGGAAAAGGCUUCAACGAUACAUUCGAUUUGAAACGCCACACUCGUACCCACACUGGUGUCCGUCCAUACAAGUGUAAUUUAUGCGAGAAAUCAUUUACUCAGCGUUGUUCCUUGGAGUCGCACUGUCUCAAAGUGCACGGCGUUCAACAUCAAUAUGCCUACAAAGAGCGUCGUACUAAGAUGUACGUUUGUGAGGAAUGCGGUCAUACAACAAAUGAACCAGAAGUCCAUUACUUACAUCUUAAGGAGAAACAUCCUUAUUCACCGGCAUUGCUUAAGUUUUACGACAAACGUCACUUUAAAUUUACAAACUCGCAGUUCGCCAACAACCUCUUGGGGUCCUAUCCAAUGCCAGUUCAUAAUUAAUUAAUUAGGAACUGGCAUUGCAGCGUAACUGCUAUCACAUGCAAUUAUUUUUUAAGUCUGAAUUUCGUUAAACUGUUUGUUUUUCAAUUUCUAAAUAAGAAAUACAAACUCUUAUCAAAUACAUAUGUGAUUUAAAACGUAACUUAUGCCUCAAAUCUAAAGUGUACUUAAAAAUAAACCUAAUGAAAAAUCAAA